AUGAGGGUUUGGGAGAUGAGGGAUGGGGAGAUGAUGGAUGGGAAGGUAAUGCUUGGGGAGGGGAGGCAUGGGGAGAUGAGGCAUGGGGAGAUGAGGGAUGGGGAGGUGAGGGAUGGGGAGAUGAGGGAUGGGGAGAUGAGGGAUGGGGAGGUGAGGGAUGGGGAGGUGAGGGAUGGGGAGGUGAGGUAUGGGGAGGUGAGGGAUGGGGAGGCGAGGCGAUGGGAGAUGAGGGAUGGGGAGAUGAAAGAUGGGGACGUGAGGGAUGAGGAGGUGAGGGAUGGGGAGGUGAGGGAUGGGGAGGGAAGCAAGGUGGGGGAUGGGGAGGCGAGGGAUGGGGAGGUGAGGGAUGGGGAGGUGAGGGAUGGGGAGGUGAGGGAUGGGGAGGUGAGGGAUGGGGAGGCGAGGCGAUGUGAGAUGAGGGAUGGGGAGAUGAGGGAUGGGGAGGUGAGGGAUGGAGAGGUGAGGGAUGGGGAGGUGAGGGAUGGGGAAGUGAGGGAUGGGGAGGUGAGGGAUGGGGAGGUGAGGGAUGGGGAGGUGAGGGAUGGGGAAGUGAGGGAUGGGGAGGUGAGGGAUGGGGAGGUGAGGGAUGGGGAGGUGAGGGAUGGGGAGGUGAGGGAUGGGGAGGUGAGGGAUGGGGAGGUGAGGGAUGGCGCUGCACCUGGAAAUAAACCGCUGCCUUGUCGUACGCUGCAUGCGCUGACUCUAACUCUAGCCUGA